CGUGGCUUUCCCUGCAGCGUCCGUCUUCUCUUCUGCGUCUCUGGUGCAGCAGCCAGAGCGGGAGUCCGACCCCCGAGCGCAGCCUCGCCAUGGACUCGGCCCUCAGCGACCCGCUUAACGGCAGCGCCGAGGCAGGCGGCCCAGCCAACGGCAAGACGCGGCCGCCUUCCACGCCCGAGGGCAUCGCGCUGGCCUACGGCAGCCUCCUGCUCAUGGCGCUGCUGCCCAUCUUCUUCGGCGCCCUGCGCUCCGUGCGCUGCGCCCGCGGCAAGAACGCCUCGGACAUGCCCGAGACCAUCACCAGCCGGGACGCUGCCCGCUUCCCCAUCAUCGCCAGCUGCACGCUCUUGGGGCUCUACCUCUUUUUCAAAAUAUUCUCCCAGGAAUACAUCAACCUCUUGCUGUCCAUGUAUUUCUUCGUACUGGGAAUCCUGGCCCUGUCCCACACCAUCAGCCCCUUCAUGAAUAAGUUUUUUCCAGCCAACUUCCCAAAUCGACAGUACCAGCUGCUCUUCACGCAGGGCUCUGGGGAGAACAAGGAAGAGAUCAUCAAUUAUGAGUUUGACACCAAGGACCUGGUGUGCCUGGGCCUGAGCAGCAUCGUUGGCAUCUGGUACCUGCUGAGGAAGCACUGGAUUGCCAACAACCUCUUUGGCCUGGCCUUCUCCCUUAACGGUGUGGAGCUGCUGCACCUAAACAACGUCAGCACUGGCUGCAUCCUGCUGGGCGGGCUCUUCAUCUACGAUGUCUUCUGGGUAUUUGGCACCAAUGUGAUGGUGACAGUGGCCAAGUCCUUUGAGGCACCAAUAAAAUUGGUGUUUCCCCAGGAUCUGCUGGAGAAGGGCCUCGAAGCAGACAACUUUGCCAUGCUGGGUCUCGGAGAUAUCGUCAUUCCAGGGAUCUUCAUUGCCCUGCUGCUGCGUUUUGACAUCAGCUUGAAGAAGAACACCCACACCUACUUCUACACCAGCUUUGCAGCCUACAUCUUCGGCCUGGGCCUUACCAUCUUCAUCAUGCAUAUCUUCAAGCACGCCCAGCCUGCCCUCCUGUACCUGGUCCCUGCCUGCAUCGGCUUUCCCAUCCUGGUGGCACUGGCCAAAGGAGAAGUGACAGAGAUGUUCAGCUACGAGUCCUCGGCGGAAAUCCUGCCUCAUACCCCGAGGCUCACCCACUUCCCCACAGUCUCGGGCUCCCCAGCCAGCCUGGCCGACUCCAUGCAGCAGAAGCUAGCCGGCCCUCGCCGCCGGCGCCCGCAGAAUCCCAGCGCCAUUUAUGAGGAGUCAAACCCUAAGGACCCAGCGGCAGUGACAGAAUCCAAAGAGGGAACAGAGGCCUCAGCAUCGAAGGGGCUGGAGAAGAAGGAGAAAUGAUGCGGCCGGUGCCUGACCCUCUGCGGGCCAGACCAGACAGGCAGGGAUGGACCAGCACAGGCCUGCACAGGCAGAGGCCCAGGAGGCCCGGCAGCUCCAGCAGAGGGGUGCGGGCGGCAGGAUCCCUCCAGCGGGGCCUCUGUGGCCUGGUUUCCUCUCCCCCUUCUCUGGCGUCCUUCUGCCCUCCCCAUCCCCUGCAGGCAAAGGAAGCCCCCAACUUCCCCCACCCUCCCAGGUGCCAGGUGGGAAAAGGGGGUCUGAUUUUUAGACUUUUGUAUUGUGGACUGACUUUGCCUCACAUUAAAAACUCAUCCCAUUGCUCGGGCAGGCCCCUGCA